GGCCUGCAAUCGCAUGAUUUUGGAGAGAAUGGCAGCAGCUGGAGAGGUGGUGAAGUUGGUGGGUAGUUGGGGAAGCCCCUUUGUGGUCAGGGUGGGGAUCGCCCUCCACCUCAAGGGGGUGGGCUACGAGCUCUUGCAAGAGGAGUUCGGGAAAAAGAGCGAGAUCCUCCUCAAGUCCAAUCCCGUCUACAAGAAGAUGCCCGUCCUCAUCCAUAAUGGCAAGCCCAUUUGCGAGUCCAUGAUCAUCGUCGAGUACGUCGACGAGGUAUGGGCCAGUGCAGGGCCUUCCAUCCUCCCCGCCGACCCCUAUGAGCGCGCCAUCGCUCGCUUCUGGGCUGCAUACAUCGAUGACAAGCUUCCAUCGGCAGUCCCGAUCUUGAUAGGAGCGCUUGAAGGGAGCAAGGAACAAGCAAUAGAACAAAUAUUCACCACCGUCCAACUGCUGGAAGAUGCUUUCACGAAAUGUUGCAAAGGGAAAAGCUUCUUCGGCGGGGAGACUAUUGGCUACAUUGAUAUCGCCUUUGGUAGCUGGUUGGGGGGGCUGAAGGCAGUUGAGAAGAUGGUCGGCAUCAAAUUUAUUGACGGAGAAAAGUUACCUCUUUUGGUUGGAUGGGCGGAGCGUUUCUGUUCCAACGAUGCCGUGGUCAAUAUUAUGCCUCAGGUCGAUAUGUUGAUAGAAUUCAGCAAGGUUUUUCAAAAAAAGAAUUGAUCAUGGUUCAAGCAGCUGUAUAUGCGAUCCUGAAGAAAGCACUGCUCUGUUUUAUUUAGCGGGAAAGUUUGUCCCCUGACAAAAACAAAGACAGCUACCAAUUACAUGUUAGCUCUGUUCUUUUGAUGUAGCUGGGAGAAGCUCUUCGGACGCUUUCUGCCUUUCUUGGGUACAAAGGUGAAACUCCUUUUCGAUCAA